AUGAAUGAUUGUUCACUCGCACUGAAGACUAAAGGAAAGACAGUUAUUCGUGCUCUUGCUUUAUACCACGUAGCUGAGCAGUUUGUUUCUUUUUCAGAUCUCCUAGAGAAGCUCCUGCAUAGCCAAAGUAAUGAGAGUGUGAGUGAAUUUAUUGAAAAGCUAUUUGAUCAAGUUGAGUCCCCUGAGAAACACACUAAAAUCCAGGAUUCACAGGUUGAAGAAUAUGUUCUUCAGUUGUGGAACUGGGCUGUGACCAAAAAUGUUGGUUCAGCCAUCAACGAGCAACAAAGAGCCAAAGUGCGUCACAUAGCUUGCCGGCUCCUGUAUUUAUGUGAACCUGAGAAUCCAUCAGAGAAUAUAAUUCGCAAGCAGAUUUUGAUGGCUAGUAAGACAGGAAGAACAUGGCUUGACUGUAAAAAUCCGAAGGUUGCUGAUGAUUUUUUGAGUCAGGCUGUAACUAGCCUGGAGACUCUUUACUGCAGAUUGAUAUCCCAAAGAGAUGAAGGUGCUGAUAACAACCUAGCAAAAGGAGAUGCUGAGAAGGACCUGCUGCGGGUUCUUUCUUAUAAAGCUGAAUCAGCACUUGCUCAAGAGAAUCAACAGGAGGCUGUUUCCUGUAUAGACCGAUGUAAAGAGAUGCUUCUGAGACUUCCCAAGGAGACCGGAUAUUUGUCCCUAAUUUGCUAUAAAUUUGGAGUGGAGACAUAUAAUAAAAAGAACCUUGAAGACAGUUCAUUUUGGCUCAGUCAAAGCUAUGAUAUAGGGAAGAUGAAUCCAAAGUACCCUCAAAGGCCAGAAAUUCAAGCCAAAGUCCUGAGACUACUUGCUCGAGUUUAUUUGGAGUUAGACUGUCAGAAGUAUCAGGAUAAAGCUCUUCAUGCUGUGAGCCUGGCUAAUAAGGAAUACUUAGAACCAUCAGGAAUUUAUCUGAAAAUCCGCAUUUUGCUAAAGAGUGGAACACCAGAUGAAGUUGUUAAAUCUGGACUAAAUGAAUUACUUGACUCUGAGGUUCAGCUGGAUGUGUGUCUUAGCACAGUAAAACUGCUGAUUGGAGAGGAUAGAGAAACUUUGGCCUUUGAUUUUCUGAACACGGUUUGCCAGCAUUUUGAAUCAUCUCCUGAGCUGGACAGUGCACUUUUGUUGCAUAUUGAGCUGUUGAUGCUGAGAGGAAAAGAACUGCUGGGCAAACAGAAAAUUGAGGAUGCAAUCACAGGGCAUUACACAGGAAGGCAGUUAUCACCACACAAUCUCACCUCCCUCCACCUCCUUCUGUGGGAUAAAGCUGCUAAAAGCAUUGAGGCCAAAAACUAUUAUGAAGCUUUGCAGUGGUACAACUAUUCAUUAAGUUUUUACAAGGCGGGCGAGCUGGAUCAGAACCUGGCCAAAAUGCAGAGAAAUCGAGCUUCCUGUUUCCUUUAUUUGCAGCAACUAGACAAGGCCAAGGAAGCUAUUUCAGAGGCACUUAAGUGUGAUCCAGACAACAUCUUCACACAUUUUAGUGUCUACAAGAUAGCAGUUCUGGAGAAAAAUACAGAGAAAGCUGCUGAGGCUAUAGGAGAAAUUGGUGUACUAGCUCAGAUGCCUGUGUCCAGUGAGGAUAGACUUCUUGUAACUGAGAAUGCAGCAGCAAACCUUCUUAGCCUGGCUGCUCAACUUGCUCUGGAUAAUGAACAGCAGGACACAGCCAUGAAAGCACUGGAACGUUUUUGUGAACUCUCACAUGAUGUAGUCCAAGUGCUUACUGCUCUCAGGUGUUUAGUUGAAAUCGUGCUGUCAAAAAUGGAGAACGCAUAUGAACAAACCAGGAAUGUCAGUCUAGAUGCGCUCUUUUUAUAUCUAAAGAUGGCACUGAAAACUGUGUCCCAACUCAGAAAACCACCUGGCCAGAGAGAGGACUUUUGCUCUGACCAGGCCAACUGGUUCAGAAGGAUAGCAUGGAAUGCAGCCUUGCAGUGUGAGAGCAGCUCAAUUAGAAUGAGAGAUUUCUUUCUUCUGUGCUACCAGCUGUCACAGGUUUGUGUUCAAGAUAGAGGUGUGUUGAUGGGACAGAAGACAUGUUUGCUGAUGGUUGCUGCUGCCAGUCUGGACAUCUGUUGCACGACUCCUCAGACCGAACAACAGACUGAGAUCCUGACCCAAGCUUUAGAGCACAUUCAGAUCUGCUGGGGGAUAUGGAGGGCUUUAAAAGCUUCAGGUGACUAUGCCAAAGACCCAACUGACACUUUAUUGCUUCUGUACGAGUUUGAGGCACGAGCCAAGUUAAACGAUCCCAAGCUUGAGUCUGUCCUAGAGUCAGUCCUGGAGCUUGAUAAUGUUGAUGCAAAAAUUUUGGAGACAAUUGCAACCUUAGCAAUGAAACCCCCAGCCCAUUUUCCUGUGGUGUGUAAGAAGGCACUAAGAGUUGCCCUUUCUCUACACAAGCAAGACCCACGGGCAGAUCUGGCACGCUGCUGUUACUGCUUGCACACUCUGAUCCAGCUGUCAGUGCCCAGUGGUGUGUGUGAAGUGGAGCCCCGUAUAUUACAGGAAGUAUGGGGUUACUAUGAGGAGGCCCUUUCCAUCAUUUCAGCUGCAUCAGAAGACUUUCCUGAAAUGGAGAUCUUGUGGCUGUUGACUCGAGCAUGGAACACAGGAAUUUUGCUCUACAGUCUGUCCCAGUAUUCUGAGGCUGAGAAGUGGUGUGGUUUAGGGAUAAGUUUCCUGCAGCACCUGGGUUCUAUGCAGGACAGCUAUCAGACUCAGAUGUCUGGUCUGUAUAGUGAGGUGCUGGACAGGCUGGACAAAACCAAGAAGAACUUCAUAAUGGAGGAGUGA